GUUACAAAAAGUGUCGUCUUUCAACCUUCGAGUUGUAGCCAUCCACCCUACGAACUAUUCCGCCACACACACAACAUCAUCAAACUACUACCUCGCUUAAUUGCUAAACCGAAAAGCGCCAUGCGUAUCCCACGCGAGCGUCAGAUUCCCCGUACCCAGCUCGCCACCGGCGGCCUCUAUGUCGCGCGUCUGAGCACGUUUGCGAACGGGUAUCGGGCCUACAAGGAUGGGCUACGACGCUACGACGACAUUCCCCAGCCAGUCCUGAAGAAAAGCCGACAGCUGUCCACUAAUGUGGAAUUCUUACAAGAUCAAGAACGAGGCACCAGUGAUGGCGGUCCUGCAAGGGGCAGUACAACUAGCCGGAACACCACGGCGUCGUCUUCCUCUGGGCGCGACACCGUGAUGUCGUUUGUAAGCCGCCCGUCAACGACGGAUUCGGUGAAGAAGACAAACAGGCGAAACCUGAGUACGUCCACUUCUUGUGCGACCAGAAGCUCUUCACGGCUGUUUGAACCGGUGUUGCGAAAAUCGAAGAGAGAGGACCAUGAAGACCUCGAACAAGGAGUGGUAUCUCACAAUGACGACCAAGAAAACGACGAUCCGUUUGGAUUUGAAGCAACAGAGGUGCUGCCGCCGCCACCGAGGGAGACCAUAUGGUAUGAUGUCCUACUUAUACGAUUAUGUCCCCGGCGAAAGAUCUUGAACACGAGGGCUUGGAUGUAUCUCUUGUUGCACAUGGUGCUGCUGCUGCUGCUGGUUGUCAAUGUGGGACGCAUGAAAUGCUCCAGUCUGAUGUCGCCACUGUGCACAGAUGCCACUUGAUGUUUCACAGCGACGAAAGUAAGUAAAUAAACGAAGCACAAACUCCUGUGCAUUCAACUCCACAACUAGGUACGACGAGCACUACCAGCCGCACCUGAUCGACGAAAACACCACGCCGAUUCGCUGCUACAACUGCGGAAAGCCGAACGUACGACAUGAACUGUUGUCCUCAGGACCACAAACAAGACAAAAGUGCACCCACUGUAAUCGGUGGUUCGAUAUCGAAAAGGCAAAAGCUUUGUGAGCGUAGAUUGUUGUGCGUGUAGGAUAGAACUCAUGAUAUACUAAAGAGUAUGUUUGUGAUCAUGUUGCGUUUCUUUGCACCUUUACAGAAGCUGUUUGUGGUUUCGUGCACUUCAUGUCGGAUUCAGUGUUGGAAAAAAGUUUGUUUCCUGUACAAAAGUCAUCAUCGUUUUGUCGGCUAAAUAACAAAGUCACAAAUACAAGUUAAAGCUAGAUUUCCAGCAAAGAACAUGCUAGAUUGAGACUGCGCCGUCGUCUUUCUCGAGCCUACUCCUAAAUUCUAUUUCCAUCCCUCAAAGAUUUGUUCCGCGAUUCAAUUUUCGUCUUUUAGUCACGGCUGUUCUUGUAGUUAUCGUCAAUUGAUGUUUUCCUUUUCUUGUUGUGUCGUUUUUGUUGCACCCGGAUCCAAAUUUGUCGUCGAGCCAUGCCAGCAGAUCUUAUUUCUCAAUGAGUAUCUAUGAGAAUGAAACUGAAAGCAAUGCGAUCCUCUCGACUUUUUCGUAAGGUUCUUGAAAGUUGAUAUUGUCAGA